AGCGGAAAUAGCGGGGGGAGUGCCAUGGACAGAGAGUUCCCCGGGAGAACUUCAAUGGACGCUCCUGGGCAGUAGCUGCCCUCGUCUCAGGAGGUUAACACCUCAGUUGGGAGAUUCGACAGACAGGGCCGUUGGGUAGGGUCAGCAUCUGGUGAGUGUUUGGUGAAUUGAGCCGACGCCUUAAAGAGCUUGUCAGGAACCUCUCCCCCCGAGUCUUGGACUAUUUUGGAACCCAAACUCUAGAAGUUCUAAAGAAUGCUCUAUCGGUCGCAUCGUAGGCUGCUGAAGCUUGAAAGCCACCUGGGGAAAAUGCACCUAGGAAAACCCGGUGUCUGCAGUAUCAGCUCGGAUUGCUUGUCCAGUCAAAGUCCAGAGAAUCUUUAGCAGCGUUGAAUGUGUUCCCAUCAGCUGCAAUGGCUUCUUUCCAAAGGCAAAGUCUGCAAGGAAGGAUUCUUAGCUCAGAAGAGGAGGACAAGCUGCAAAGAGACCAAGCUUUGGUGUCUGAUUUUAAACAGCAAAAACUGGAAAAAGAGGCUCAGAAGAAUUGGGACCUUUUUUACAAAAGAAACAGUACCAAUUUUUUCAAGGACAGACACUGGACCACCAGAGAGUUUGAGGAGCUGAGAUCAUGUAGGGAGUAUGAAGGUCAAAAAUUGGUUUUGUUGGAAGCUGGAUGUGGAGUUGGGAACUGUUUAUUCCCACUGUUGGAAGAAGAUGUGAAUAUCUUUGCCUAUGCCUGUGACUUUUCUCCAAGGGCAGUUGACUAUGUUAAGCAAAAUCCUUUAUAUAAUACAGAGAGAUGCAAAGUGUUCCAGUGUGACCUCACUAAAGAUGACCUUCUUGACCAUAUCCCACCAGAGUCUGUGGAUGCCGUUACAUUGAUCUUUGUGCUCUCAGCUGUUCACCCUGAGAAGAUGCACCUUGUCUUACUAAAUGUGUACAAGGUAUUAAAACCAGGCAGAAGUGUCUUGUUCCGUGACUACGGGCUGCAUGAUCAUGCGAUGCUUAGAUUUAAAGCUGGAAGCAAACUUGGAGAAAAUUUUUAUGUCAGACAAGAUGGAACCAGGUCCUAUUUUUUUACUGAUGAGUUCCUGGCGCAGCUCUUUGCAGAUGCAGGUUAUGAGGAAGUGGUGAACGAGUAUGUGUUCCGAGAGACGGUGAAUAGAAAAGAAGGCCUGUGUGUGCCUCGAGUUUUCCUUCAAAGCAAGUUCCGGAAACCGCCAAAGGAUCCAGACCCUACCACUGACUCUGCUUCACUUUGAAGAAAGAAGUUUUAAUCUACUUUAUAUACUUUUAUAUUCUGAAUUUUUCAAAUUACCUGCAUAAUUUUUGUAUGAUAAACAAGUGAGGACUGGGGAGUUGGCUCAGCAGGUAAAGUGUUAGCUGUGCAUGCCUAACCAAGUGUGUCUAGAGAAAAAAGGCAGAGUGCUGGGGAGAGGGCUCAGUGGUCAAGAGUGUUGGCUGCUUUUUCAGAGGAUCUGGGUUCAAUUUCCAGCACCCACAUGACAUCUCUAGUCCCAGGGGACUGCUGAGGA